AUGAAUAGUAAUGAAUUUUAUGAUUUAAUUGCAUAUAAAGGUAAUGGAGAAAUAUUCAGGUUUGAUCAACUACAAGGUAAAGUAGUAUUAAUAGUGAAUGUUGCAUCAAGGUGUGGUUUUACACCACAAUAUAAAGAUUUGCAAUAUCUAUAUGAGAAGUAUUCGUCAAGGGGACUGGAAAUUCUAGGGUUUCCAUGUAAUCAAUUUGGUAAUCAAGAACCUUUAAGUGAUAAAGAGAUCAUUUUUUUCACAAAAAAACACUUUGGAAUCACCUUCCAUAUACUGAAAAAGAUCAACGUCAACGGUCCUGAUGAACAUCCAGUAUAUAAAUAUUUGAAAGAGCAGAAACGUGGCGUUUUAGGUUUUAAAGGAAUUAAAUGGAAUUUCGAAAAAUUUCUUAUAGACCGUUCUGGGAUAGUAACAGAUAGAUUCUUGUCUGCUACACCUCCAAUUAAUUUUGAAGAUAGGAUAGUAGAAUUGUUAAAUCAACCUACUAUAUGA